AUAUUCAUAGAAAUGAGAAUGGGUAUUCAACAAGCUAGUAUAGGUCAAAAGUAAAAUAUAUAUAAGUACAAGAUAUAUAUUAAGUAUGAAGGAAUCAGCGCUUGCGCUUUUAUUAUUAUUCAUGUGCGGUCUUUUACACUGUGCGGGCGUAUGUAUAUAAGACUCCUCGCGGAUGAUAUAAACCAACGUUUAGUCAACCAACGUCCAGUAUGCCGGUGCGUGUUACGCCGUCGACGUUUCACGAUUCUUAUCUUAUUUUUAAAAUAAAUUGCAACAACAAUAAUACUCACAAUCAUCAUCAUCAUCACCAUCAUUAUCACAAAUGAAUCAUCUACUUAAUUCAAAUUAACAAAAAGUAAAUCGAUUUUCGCGGAAAAAAAUCCAAUUCAAAUUUUUAAAACUUCAAACUUGACAUUAAAUAAAAAAUAUUUUUUAAACCAUUCAAAAUAAUUUUAAAAAACCCGCGAUUAAAAUCACCCGUUAAUUUAAAUUUAAAAACUCGGGUUUUUUUUUUCCGUGACAUUUAAAUUUAAAAAAAAUGAGUUAUGAAGAAAGUUUAAUAGGAAUGUCAAGAAAUUAUUUAUAAGUACAAGACUACAAUACAUAUAAAAUGAAUGUGACAGCGAUGAGAAGUGUCACGACGAUGGGUUCGUUGAUGACCACCGAUGACAGUGAUAGAAUGACAAUGACCAUGUCCAGCACCACGUUGGUGGACUUGCUCGGAGGAAUUGACGUUAAAAUAUCGAUGGACAGAAGUAAAACGAAUAUAUUUGACAGCGAUCUUGAUGUCUCCCCGGUUACACUGUCGUCUGAUUGGUCUAGAGUGGCUCGACUUUUACUACUUGCAUCGCUUGCAGUCGUCGGCAGCGUUGGAAAUGUUUUUAUGAUAUCUGCUAUCAUGGUCGAGGAUCAUUUGAAAAAACGAGGUAAUGCAUUCUUGGUCAAUGUCGCGCUCGCUGAUUUACUAGUAACUGGACUAGUUAUACCAGCAUCAGCAAUUGUUAUUCUUGCUGGUCACGAAGAGUCACUCAGUAUAUGUCGAUUUGAAUGGACACUCGAGGCUUUAUGUUUUCUCGUAACUGUUUUAACGUUGGCGACAAUUGCCGGUGAAAAUUAUGCGCGUCUCUGUUUGCCUGCUGAAAAAUAUGAAGCAUUGACACCAAGUCGUGUAACGGCGACAAUAUUUGUGAUAUGGGUGAUAUCAGGAAUAGUAGUGGGACUGCAGUCAUCGCUAGACUUGGGUCCCGAUUUUUGUGGUCGUAAAUUUAACCCGGUGACAAUACCGCAGAUAGUAGGGGCAUUUUUUCUAGUACUACUACCGGCACUGCUGACACCAAUUAUUUAUCUACGAUUGAUAUUACGCGUGCGUCGUGCAGUCCGAGGUUCAUUCAAGCCACCGGCAUCCUUCUCAUGGGAUUAUGAGUUAAUGAAGACCAAUAUAUACAGCUUUACCCUUUUCACAAUAUUCUGGCUGCCCUUUGGCUCGGCAAUAUUGACGACUACCCGUCGACCCGUAAGUGCCAGGAUCUUUUACAACCUCGCUUGGUUUGCUUUAUCCAAGUCCUGCAUUAAUAGUCUUGUUUACUGCGUAUUCGAUCGGCAUUUCCGCAAUGCUUAUGUUAAAUUAUUCCACUACUGUUGCUGUAAGACAACGGUCAGCUUCUCGCGCAGACCUAGGGGUGAUGGGUCAAGAUCUUCGGGGGAUGUUAGACUACGGGUCCACAUUAUUCAUUCGUACGCGAGUCCCGCUUCUUGUCGGCCAAAUGCCGCGAGACCCAAUGGCAGAGACGUUUAUGAACUUUAAAUAAAUUUUUAUUUUAUAGUUUAUUUUAUUAAUUUAUUAAUAAAAUGUUUUUUUUUUAAUUUAUUUACGCUUUUAUUCCGUCCAUAAUUUUAUUUGUUUUACAACUUUUAUUUAAACUCGAGUUUUAAUGACCGCGUUUUAAUGCCAUCGGAUUAAAGAUUAAAUUGAAUGAAAAUAUUUAAUGGUGAAAUAAAAAUUUAAGAGGCUUUGUGCACCCACGGGAAUAAAGCAUGUUAUGUGGGAAAAGGCAAUAAAGUCUCUCUGAUUAUUGACGUUUUUUUUUUGUUGAGGUGACCAUGCGUGCGGUGGAAACGAUCGAAAAGUUUUUAUUACGGAUUCUAUUCUGUUUUUAUCUUUUUUAGUCAGGGCUGAAGGCGUUCCAAUAAUUGACAAUACAAAGUAAUUCCACUAAUUAUAAAUAAUAUUUUUAUUUAAUUUCAAUUCAUCGAUAAUUAUUAGGCGCCGCCUAAGUAAUCAAUUUUUUUUUUCCAAUUCACACUCAAUUUUCAGUAAUUGUGUAAUUGGACUUAAAUUAUUUCUUGUAAUUCAUGCAUUUGAAUGCUAGUAGAAAUUUUUUUAAAUAAAAUUUUGAAACGUAAAAUUUAAAAAAAUCGAUGGUAAAAAAAUUUGAUAAAAUAAAUUAUUCAAAAAUUUUUUUUUUCAAAAAUCAAAAAGACGUAACGCAAAAUUUUACAUUGUAGAGAAAAAAAAACUGUGAUCACUUGAAAUGUGAUUGCGAGAAUCUCGCAAUAAAUUAAUAUAAAAAAAAAUAUAAAUUAUUAAUUACUUAUAAUUAUCGUCAUAAAUUUAUUCCUAUGAUUUGGUGCCGCCCAAAAAAUAAAAUUGUAUAUACAUAUAUCUAUAAUACGUUAUGUAUUGAUAUUAAUUUAUAUGUAUUUAAUUUACAACAUAUCAAAAUUAAUAAUUGUAAUUUUUAAUUAAUUAGCCUACUGUUAAUGCUCUGUAUAAUUUAUUGUCCUGCCAAUGAGCAUAUUUAAUAUUUAAUGAGACUGAUUUAACUAAUUUAACUCUUGAGCAAACCGGUGAAUUUUUAUAAUACCUUACGUAUAUGUACAAAUAAAUUACCAAACAAAAAAAAUUAUCGGAGCGGCAGGAAAGUGAGUAAUAAAAUUUACAAACGGGACCAGAAGGAAUUAAUCAAACAAAUCCUUUUGAUCUUAAUUUAUAAUAUUUUAAUUGUCUAUUUAUUUUUAUCAGUAAUAUAUACAUAUAUUUUUAAAUAUUAAAAAUAAAUGAAAACUUAAUACCUGAAUACUCUGCAAUAAUUAUAAUAAAUAUUUUAAAAAAUUUUAAAUCAAUCGUUUAAUAAUUUUGAAUCGAUUUUAAAAUUUUCGGCAUUAAAAGUAAUGAAGGCAAUGAUUAAGGACAAGAUUUUUGCCUUAUUUUUGAAAUGAAUAGUUCAAAUUUUUGAUAUUACGGGGAAAAUAUCGGUCUUAGUAAAAAAGUUUUUGAACAAAAGUUGUAGGAAAUUUAAUUUUCUAAAAAAAAUGUCUCUUAUGAUUUUUUUAUACGAUCAAUAUUUUCACCGUAAUUCAAAAAUUAAGAUUCAUAAUGAAUGAUUCAAAAUUUUGUUAAUUAUGAAAAUCUUAAUUUUGAAAUUACGGCUUUCUUAUUAGUCCUAAGGAAAAAUUAUAGGAGACAUUUUUUCUAAAAAAUUAAAUUUCCUACAACUUUUGUUUGAAAACUUUUUUCAUAAGACCAAUAUUUUCCCCGCAAUAUAAAAAAUUUCACACGACUAAUUAUUAAUUAUUUUUAAAUUAACGCAAAAAUCCUGGCCCUAGUAAUGAUGGAGUUGUGAUGAAGAAUAAUUAUAAAAAAUUUUAAAAAAACAGUAGGCAUCAAUAUCAUUUUAAAUAAAUUUUAAUGUAGUUGAUUGAUUAAAAAUAACUAAUCGAUGUGUAAUUUUAAAUUGUCGCCUAUUUCCGUCGCUAAUAAAAUAUAUACGCUGUAACAGAAAGUAAAAAAUGAAAAACUAAAAAAAAAAUAAAUGAUAACUACAUUUAAGAGUGAAAAAUAAAUUUAUAAUAUAAAUUUUGUAUGAAAGACAUUGAUAAUUUUAAUGAGAGGCGCUUUGUUUCGCAAACCGAGGACCAUAUUCACAAUAAAAAAAUAAUAAUAAUAAUAAUUAUACCGUCUGAAUCCUUAAAUAAACAUGAAUUACUCUACAAAAAUAAAAUAUAUAUUAUAUGUAUAUUAAUGUAUGUAUUAUAAAGUUUAUACGUGUUGUAUGUUGAUAUGUAAAUUUUAGUUUAUAGCUGAUAGGGUGUAGGCAGCACCGGCAAAUAUUAUUCAUAUAUGUUCAAAUAUGAUCAGAUAUGAAUUUAUAUGAAGUCAUCAAUGAUCGUUGAUCAUGUAUGUAUAUAUUUAUUGUCUGAUCAUAGAUGAGUAUAAAAAUUUAUCUAAUAUAGAGUACUUGUGAUUUUUAUUUUUAUUUGAACUGAUUCAUUUUAUAUAUUUUUAAUUUUAUUAUUUAUACAAUAUUAUAGUAGCAAGUUAAAAUAUUUUUUUUUUAUUUACGA